AUGCGAUCUGGUAUAGUGGGUACAUCGGUCACAGCAUUGGUCCGAGAUGUGCGUCGUGUUUUAGCACCCAAUACAGCUAGUCACUUGAGAGAACGUAGAUCUAAUCGUCUCAAGGAUUUUGUCUCUGUUGCCGGUCAAUUAGGUGUCACCCAUUUCUUGAUUUUUAGUCGUACUGAAAAGAAUGUCAAUCUUCGUAUUUCUCGUGUUCCUCGUGGACCCACACUUACUUUCCGUGUAGCUGAAUACGCUUUAGCUAAAGAUUGUUUAGCACUUCAAAAGAACCCCAAGACUUCCGAUGUUGAAUAUCAAAGCAGUCCUUUAUUGGUCUUGAACAACUUUCAACAAAAUGGUAAGGAAUUCAAGGUGAUGACUGUGAUGUUACAAAAUAUGUUCCCCUCUGUCGAUGUGCAAACUAUGCAAUUAUCUGAAGCAAGGCGUGUAUUAUUAUUCAACUAUAACGAAGAUACCGGCAUGAUCGAUAUGAGACAUUAUAGUAUUGGCGUAAAGACAACAGGUGUUUCUAAAUCAAUCAAGCGUGUAAUCAAUACAAACUUGCCCAACUUGGGUGAUUAUGAGGAUAUUUCAGACUACAUUUUGAAGGAAGCCAUUAUCUCUGAAAGUGAUGUUGAGGAUGGACCCGAAUCUACCGUGACUUUAUCACAAGAUUACCCUGGACGUAACAACCGUAGAAAUGAGCAAAGAGCCGUUAGACUUCAUGAACUUGGUCCUCGUAUGACUCUUGAAUUGACAAAGGUUGAGAAUGGCAUGUGUGGUGGUGAAGUUCUUUAUCAUCGUUACAGUAAGUUUUUUUUUUUUUUUUUUUAUCGGUUAUGUAUCAUAUAG